UUAAAACGGAAAAUGCUCUAGGUAAAUAUAUAAAGAAUACCUACUGAAGAUCAAGAGAAUAAGUGAAUUGAAUGUGGAGUUUAUGAACUCACUUGUGGUGAUUGUUUUUUUUUAAUAGGUAAAACUAGUAGAAAGUUUCAGGAAAGAAUAUUAAAACACAAAGAUUGUUUCAUCGAAGACACUGAAUAUUCUACUGAGAAUCUGUUGAAUGAGAAGCACACGUUCAAUGAAGGCUCCGAAAUGUUACACAUUCAAACUAAAAGUCAGAAACUGAGCCUUUUGGAUAGUUUGGAAAUUAAUAACAAUAUGAACGGACAAGAAUUCAGCUAUUUUGGCAAAGAGAUGAUAGAGUACAUUAAAAAUUAUCUGGAGAAUAUUGAGUCUCGAAGGGUGACACCAAAUAUCGAACCAGGGUAUUUGAAAAAACUAAUCCCCGAAGAAGCUCCUGAACUUCCCGAGCAAUGGAAAGACAUAAUAGAAGAUAUAGAGAAUAAAAUCAUGCCUGGUGUGACUCACUGGCAGCACCCACGAUUUCACGCCUAUUUUCCUUCGGGCAAUUCUUAUCCUAGUAUAAUGGCGGAAAUUUUGAGUGCAGGAAUUGGAUGUAUUGGAUUUUCUUGGGCCGCUUCUCCAGCAUGCACAGAAUUAGAAACAAUUGUUCUGGAUUGGUUUGGUAGAGCAAUUGGUCUACCGAAUGCAUUCCUUUCUUAUCCAGAAGAGAGUAGAGGGGGUGGUGUGAUACAGACUUCUGCAAGCGAAUGCACAUUGGUAGCGAUGUUAGCAGCAAGAGCACAAGCCAUCAAAAGGUUAAAACAACAACAUCCACAUGUAGAGGAAGGUGUUCUCUUAUGCAAGCUCAUGGGGUAUUGUUCACGGGAAGCACAUUCUUCUGUAGAAAAGGAUGCUAUGAUAAGCUUCGUCAAAUUGAGGAUCUUAGAAACAGACGCUGAUGCUUCUUUGAACAGCGAAACUUUAAGACUCGCAAUGGAAGAAGAUGAAAGAAACGGAUUGGUGCCAUUUUUUGUUUCAACGACGCUUGGUACAACUUCUUGUUGUUCCUUUGAUAAUAUCAAGCAAAUAGGAGAAGUAGUUCAAAAUUUUUCAUGUGUUUGGUUGCACGUUGAUGCUGCUUAUGCAGGAAACGCUUUCAUAUGUCCUGAGUUGAAGUAUCUCUUAGAAGGAAUAGAAUAUGCAGAUUCUUUCAAUACAAAUCCUAAUAAAUUUCUCCUGACUAACUACGAUUGUUCCUGUAUGUGGGUGAGAGAUAGGUAUAAAUUGACAUCAGCUCUUGUAGUUGAUCCACUCUAUCUUCAACAUGGUUAUUCCAAUUCCACCAUAGAUUAUAGACAUUGGGGUGUGCCUCUGAGUAGGAGAUUCAGGUCUCUGAAACUAUGGUUUGUCUUCAGAAGCUAUGGAAUAUCUGGCUUGCAGGCUUACAUAAGACAUCAUUUGAAGUUAGCUAAAAAAUUUGAAGCUCUAGUGAGGAAAGAUAAAAGAUUUGAAUUGUGCCAUAAAGUAGUGCUGGGAUUGGUGUGUUUUCGUUUGAAAGGAUCUAAUAGAAUAAAUGAAAAGUUACUGAGUUGUAUUAAUGAGUCCGGAAAACUGCAUAUGGUUCCUGCUUCCGUUAAAGACACCUACUUCAUUAGAUUUUGCGUUGUGGCUCAACAUGCUACCGAAGAUGACAUAAAUUAUGCAUGGAACGUGAUAUCAGAGUUUGCCACGGAACUCCUAGAAACUAUUACAGGGGAAAAGGAGAUUCAGGAUGAAGUAUAUGAACUUUCGCUAGAGAAGAAGCGAAAUAUUUUGGCGUACAAGAGAUCCUUUUUUGUUCGUAUGGUAAGCGAUCCCAAAAUUUACAACCCAUCUAUCGCGGCGUCUACAACAAGAAGAAUCAUUGGAGAGACUCGUGCAAAAACUCAUGAUUCUGUUCAAUCACCAUCGAGUCCAUCUUGGAUAAGUUGGCCCUUAGCAUUUCUCUUCCAAAAUAAGUCGGAAGAUAAUACUUCGAGUGGUAAUGUGUCUUUGAGGUUCCGCCACUGGGACACUCGUGUAGGAUUAAAUCCUGGUUCAAAAAUCAAUGGAGGCGCAAGAACCCCAUCCCCAGAGCAAGGAGGAACUUCAAGAAAAUAUCUUGAUUCUGUUUCCAGUAAAGAAUACAAGGAAUCCCGGAAAAGAUCAUCCAGUUCUGGAAACGGAUCUUCUGAUGGUAGUAAUUUCAAAUAAAUGUUAUUCAAAAAAUGCAAAUUGAUAUGUUUGUCACUUGUGAUUCUUUUCCUUAGCUUCUUCUGUACUCUGUGUCAGAAACUUAUUUAGAAUAAAAUAGAUAUUGAAGCUG